AUGUCUUUCCCCAAGCGAGCUCUGAUUGCUGUUACCGACUACAACGGCCCCUUCUACCCCGACGGAUCCAAGACGGGACUCUUCUUCUCUGAGGCCUACGAGCCGUUCGAGGUGUUCCAGAAGGCCGGCUUCGACGUGCAGUUUGUGUCCGAGGACGGCAAGUAUGGCUACGACGCCCAUUCGCUGGACCCCAAGUUUGCCACCGAGGAGCAGCUCGAUGCCCAGAAGAACCCCCAGUCGCAAUACAACCUGGUUCUGGAUGGCAUUCUGCCCGCGUCGGAGAUUGACGCCUCCAACUACAGCGUUUUCUUUGCUGCCGGCGGCCACGGCGCCAUUUUCGACUUUGUCAACGCCCCCGUUCUGGGAAAGAUUGCCGCAGACAUCUACGCUGCUGGCGGCAUUGUCUCUGCCGUUUGCCACGGCCCCGCCAUCUUCGCCUCCAUCAAGAACGAGGAGGGCCAGCCCAUUGUGGCCGGCAAGGUGAUUACCGGUUUCACCGCCGAGGGUGAGAAGGAGAUGGGUGUUUCCGAGGCCAUUACCAAGCACGGCAAGAAGCUGGUGCCCGAGAUCGCCAAGGAGGCCGGUGCCGAGUACCGGGCCCCUCCCACCCCCUUCCAGGACUUUUCCAUCACCGACGAUCGAAUUGUCACCGGAGCCAACCCCGCCUCUGCCAACUCCACCGCCGAGAAGGUGGUUCAGCUGUUUGAUGCCAUUGAUGCUCCCACCCAGUCCGGAGCUUCUGUUCUGAAAUAG